AUGUCAAGGCUCUCGUUGUAUUCUGUACAGGCCAUUUUGAUUUUGGAUAACACAGGUAGCAGAAUCCAUGCGAAAUACUACCAAUCGCCUCAUGUGGCGGAAGAUAAACGUAAGGGUUCCUUACAGAGUGUGAAGAGGCAGAAGGAGUUUGAGAAGCAGCUGGCGCAAAAAACACAUAAGCAGGACUCUGAUAUUCUUAUUUUUGAAGAUCAUUUGGUUUUUUACAAGGAGUACAUGGACGUGACUUUGUACUUGCUAGGUUCAAUGGACGAGAAUGAAAUAGUUCUACAACAGGCGUUUUCAGCGUUUAAAGACUCGCUGGACUUGAUCUUAAAUUCUGGAAUUGAUAAGAAGAAUAUUCAAGAGCAUUAUGAUAUGGUUUUGUUAGCCAUCGAUGAAACGGUUGACAAUGGGAUCAUCUUGGAGACUGAUCCAGCCACCAUCGCGUCAAGAGUAACCAAACCACCAAGUAAUGAGCCGCAGGUAUCUCUCGAUCUGGAUAAGGGUCUACUUGGUGCUUGGGGUUUUGCUAAAAGUAAGCUGCAGGAAAGGCUACAACAGAGCAUGUAA